UAGAUUAUUCGUUCAGAAAGCUAUCAUCGUUUUUCAGUAAGCCAAUAUAUAUAUAUAUGACUUAGUUACACAGGAAAUAGCACCAAAGCUCCCACUGGUUCUUUUAAUUUGAAUCGCCUGUGCCAGAAUAGACAAGUUGAGGUAAUCCUCCCUUGGCCUCUCUGUGAAUCGGCCUGUGCUGACGUCACACCAGAGGUACCACAGUCCAAAAUAGAUGGCACCACUUCAAUUUUCUUUUUUUUUUUUUUUUCUUUUCUCGCUUACAAGAGCUUUGUUCUUGCUACAAAUUAUUACGAAAUUAUAAAUUUGUUAUUACGAAAUCUUUCAUCUAGGUCCACUUAAUAUUUUCUUUUUGUAUUCCUUCAACUCUUUCAGGGUCAGUGACGUACUGGUAAAUUUUCAAGCUUCUGUCCCGCCAUAUAUAGAUGCUUCAGCCGCUGUACUUUGCAUUUCGUCAUUCUCACAUUAUUUAUUGUACACAAUCAUGCGGUGUAACAUGUAUGACAAUAUCUAAAACCACUACUGUGACUACAGAAGAAAGCGCUGAGUGUAUUAUAUCUGGUACAAUAUACAGGGUGUUCAAGCUAUCACGCAGCACGAUUUAAAAAUAGAGGAACAGCGUUACGCAAAGCAUACCUAGUGCAUAUUAAUAUGUUUCCAGUACAAUGGAGUAGCCGCCAGUAAUUUUUUUGUUACUGAGAUUUAAUUAGGUACUUGUAAUUAAUUAUCUAACUCAAAAAGUACUGUUCUAAUUAUCAAAGUGUUAAUGAGAAAAUUGUAGAGCAACAUGAAAAACUCCCGAUACAGCUUUCUGUUGCUCAAUACGUGCUACAUAAAUGUGUUUUUCUGGGGGUGAAAGGAGUCCGCGAAUACACGCAGAAUUGCUGCGCGACUGGUCGCUCAAGGCACUUUGCAUGUAUUCACGGGCUUCUUUCACGCUCGGAAAAACACUUUUAUGUAGCAUGUACUGAGCAACAGAAAGCUGUAUCGGGAGUUUUUCAUGUUGCUCUUCAAUUUUCUCAUUGACACUUUGACAAUUAGGACAGUACUUCUCGAGUUAAAUAAUUAAUUACAAUUACCUAAAUAAAUUUCAGUAACGAAAAAAUUACUGGCGACUACUCCACUACACUAAACAAUACGCACUAGGUUUGCUUCGCGUAACGCCGUUCCUCGUUUUUUAAAUUGUGUUGCAUGAUAGCUGGGACACCCUGUAUAACUGCGUAAAUGGCAAUAUUAACAGUACAUGUCAAGAGCAAUGUACGAGGUCUAUUGGAAGAGUAUCCGUCCUUAUUAUUAUUUUUUUUUUGCAAACACCUGAUGGUUAUGAAACAACCGCGCUUGCAUCAGCCGACCUUGAACCUUCGUGCACAUGUGCCAAUUUUUUCCAGCCUGUUGAUAACGUCAGUCGCUGGGACGCAGCGUUUGAGUGAGAUAGUAUGCAGUGCUCUCGUUGGGUUUUUUAUUGCAAGGGAAAUGACAGAGCGACUGGAACAGUACUACUGCAUCAAAUUUCACCAGAAACUGGGCGACAGCCAAGUGGAAACCAUUUGGAAGAUUCAGGUGGCUUUCGGUGAUGAUACUAUGAGCAGCACACAGAUUAAGGUGUGGUACAACCGGUUUAAAGACGGCCGCACAUCGGUGGAGAGCGAGCCAGGCUCCGGUCGGCCAUCAACAUGCCAAAAUGACCAGGUCAUUGCCGAAGUGAACGCUGUGGUGAUGCGGGACCUUCGUGUGACUAUCCGAGAAAUUGCGGAAGAGGUGGGCAUCAGCACUUUUUCUGCACAUUCCAUUAUGACCGAAGAUUUGGCCAUGAAGAGAGUUGCGGCGAAAUUCGUGCCGAAGCUGCUCACGGUGGAGCAAAAGCAACUUUGUGUUGAAGUCUCACAGGACAUGCUGGAUUCCACAAACAGUGACCCCGACUUCAUGAACACCAUAAUCACUGGUGACGAGUCUUGGGUGUACAGGUACGACCCGGAAACCAAAUCCCAGUCGUCAAAGUGGAAGCAUUCCCCGUCACCAAGACCAAAGAAGGCCCGCCAAGUGCGCAGCAACGUCAAAGUGAUGCUGACUGCUUUCUUUGACUCCCGCGGUGUGGUACACCACGAGUACGCACCACAGGGUCAAACAAUAACCAAAGAGUACUACAGCGAUGUCCUCCGUCGCCUACGUGAUGCUGUGCGGCGCAAGAGACCGGAGUUGUGGUCAACAGGAAAUUGGCACAUCCAUUACGACAAUGCUCCUGCACAUUCCUCGCACUUGAUUCAGACUUUUUUGGCGUAAAACAGACUCCUGUAGUUCAAGAGGCUUCUUACUCUCCUGAUAUGGUCCCCUGCGACUUCUGGCUCUUUCCCAAAAUCAAGAGGCCAUUGAAAGGAGCACGAUUUCAGACAAGAGAGGACAUUAUGGCUGCAAUGACAGCUGAGCUAAACUCCAUUCCGAAAGAGGCCUUCUCGGAAUGCUCCCAACAAUGGCAGCACAGCUGGGAGAAGUGUCUGGAGUCCCAAGGAGACUACUUUGAGGGUGAUUAAUCAUCAUACCGUAUUGGUGAAGCAGCGCACUGACAAGGACAAAGUGGAGAGACACAAGCACGACACUCGCUGCUUCACCAAUACAGUAUGAUGAUCAAUCACCAACUCGCCCAAUUUUCCACAUAAUUGCACUUUGAGGGUGAUUAGGUUUCCAAUGCUCCAGUUAUGCCAGUUCUUUUUUUCUUCAGCCAAAGGUCGGAUACUUGUCUAACAGACCUCGUAUACUCUCACAAUCAGCACAUCAUAACUAUACGGUUGCCCUCC